GUAUUUCUCGCCUACUGAUAAUUUGGACAUACAGUAGGCUACUACCGCUCUGGCGCACUGCUUCGAGCCAGGACCUUCUCACACUGAUACACGAAUACAACCUGGAUGGAUGACAGGGCAACAUACAUGCACACAUCCCCACCCAGGAGAACUGUAUCUGCUACUCACAAUUCAUGCAAACUACACUCUUCCUACGAAACCAAAACAACCAUAGUACAUGUGCGCGUGCAUAUGUGUUUGAAUAGCUUUUUUUCCUCGGAAAUGUUGACUGAAAUACUGCUCUAUUAGACCUACAUCUUUGGGCACGUGAGUGUUGGAGCUUCUUUUUGUAUCUAAAUGUAAACACAGGAGGAAAGAAAAGAAGAAGAAAAGAUUGUUUACAUCCUAGAUAAACAACGGCGGCGCGCGCAACUGAGAGACGUAAAGGAAGUUGUCAUUGGUGACGUCCAAAGGCUGGGUCCUAAAGUCCACGCUGUGUGUUGUUGAGAUAGAGAGAAGGAAUGGACGCCUCGGGGGAACCUGCAUGUUCAGAAGACUGCAACAAUCACGCAAAGAAACGCAAGAGAGAGGAUAAGAGAGAGGAUAAGAGAGCGGAUAAGAGAGCGGACAAGAGAGCGGACAAGAGAGCGGACAAGAGAGCGGAUAAGAGAGAGGAUAAGAGACACAUCGCUGCUGUGAUCCUGGCCCGAGGAGGGAGUAAAGGAAUCCCCCUGAAGAACAUCAGGCCGCUGGCUGGAAUUCCUCUCAUUUGUUGGGUGUUACGAGCUGCUUUAGACUCCAGUGUGUUUAAAAGUGUCUGGGUGUCCACGGACCAUGACGAGAUCGAGAGGGUGGCAAAAACCUGGGGGGCAAAAAACUGGGGGGCAAACAACUGUGGGGCAAACAACUGGAAGGUUAAUGUACACAGAAGGAGUCCAGAAGUGUCCAAAGACACCUCGAGUUCAUUGGAAACCCUGCAAGAGUUUUCCAGACUUCACCCAGAAGUGGAUGUCAUCUGUAACAUCCAGGCCACCUCACCAUGCCUUCACCCGAACCACCUGAAAGAGGCUGUGGAGAUGAUGACCAAGCAGGGCUACGACUCUGUCUUCUCCGUCGUUCGCCGACACCACUUUCGCUGGCAAGAGUUAAAAAAAGGAGAGAUCACAAGCACUAAGCCUCUGAACCUAGACCCAUCCAGGAGACCCCGUCGUCAAGACUGGGAUGGAGAACUCUGCGAAAAUGGAUCCUUUUACUUUGCCACCAAAGAUCUUGUAACCCAAGGACUCUUGCAGGGAGGGAAGAUUGCCUACUUUGAGAUGGGACCAGAGUAUAGCGUUGAUAUUGAUGUUGACAUCGACUGGCCCGUAGCAGAACAGAGGGUUCUCAGAUAUGGUUACUUUGGCAAGAGUGAGCCGGAGAAGUUGCGCUUACUCCUGUGCAACGUGUCCGGCUGCCUGACUGACGGGCGUGUCUGUCUAUCUGCAGCGGCAGAGGAGAUGCUAUUUCUCAAUACCGGAGACCUGACUGGCAUCCGCAUGCUACAGAAAGAAGGAAUGAAGGUGAUCCUUAUAGCAUCCAGUGACAACCAAGUUAUAAGUGAAUUCCAGUUGGCACAGACACUGUCAAAGAAAACAGGUUGUGAAAUAUGGUGUCUGAAAGGGAACAAGAAAGAGGAACUGGAGACACUGCUGGAAGAGAAGGAUCUCAUGUGGAAAGAGGUGGCCUACAUAGGUAAUGAUGUGCCAGAUGUGGCUUGCCUGAACCUGGCUGGUCUGAGCGCAGUGCCCUCGGACGUCCCCCUGGUGGUUCUCAAUGCGGCUAAAUACCCGUGCCAGAGAGCAGCAGGACACGGGGCUGUUAGGGAGUUCAUCGAGCACAUUCUCCUGAUGAAGGGAGCCAAGUUUCAGAAGGAGAAUAAUAACUGUUAAAGAGGUGUUUUUUAAUUUGAAGAAGUUUUUAAAGCAUGUUUUAGAGCCGAACAUUUAUAGAACGUCUAUGUCCGUAAAGGAAAAAUGAAAGCAAUGGAAUAAUGUGUAGUAUGAUUAUAAUGAAGUUCAUAUGUUAAGGCUCUUGUACUGCAUUCAGUAUUAAGAGUGUAAUUAAUCAGUUACACGUCAUUUGCAGUGUGAGAGUCCUUCCUUAAACUCCAGCAUACACCAGAGGGCGACACUGCACAUAACAUGAUGGGAUGGAUUUGAAAUUGUGAUCGCUUUUGUUCAGGCAUGAGCUGCCGUCUGCUUUUGAGAAUAUAGUGCAUAACUUUAUCAUUAGGGCAAGUUCAAUUUGGUAUUAGCAUUAGCAUUGGCAGCAAGAUUGUCAUGAACUUCCAGGCUUAUUGUAAAGCUCAUAUGUUUUCAUGAUAUUAUAUUCUUCUCUGCACAUGUUAUGUAGUAGUGGACAAUUAAAGACUGAACUGUUGUAUGUUUUACUGA